CUUUCGUAGAACGCAACCAUCGCCUUGGCUUGUGCGCAUGCGUUGAGAAUACCUGGCGUGGUUCUGUGGGAGCGUAAAGGGGCGCGUGUGCUCAGGGACGUGCGCGUCAUUGAUUACCAGGACAAGGGAAUCUAUUGUGUGUUCAGAAGCCGGCCUUUGACUGCUGGCUACUCCGUUUUCAUUUUCUUUUAUUUCUUCGACCUAGAAAUGAGCGAGGAGCGAGUAGGAGCUGAAACCGCGACGGAUGCUGGAGCUUGGCUGCUGGUGCUCAGUUCGGUGUUCUUGUGCAACCUACUCAAAAUCCUAUUGCCUUCUUGCUCCUCCAUAAUAUCAAAGUUACUACAGAAGGAUGUUGAGCAGGAAUCACAGAUGAGGUCUGAAAUUCAGAACAUGAAGCAAGAACUUGCAACCAUUAGUAUGAUGGAUGAAUUUGCCAGAUAUGCCAGACUAGAAAGGAAGAUUAACAAAAUGACUGACAAACUUAAGACUCAUGUGAAAACACGAACAGCUCAACUUGCCAAAAUAAAGUGGGUAAUAAAUAUUGUGUUCUACAUUUUGCAAGCUGCCUUAAUGAUCUCACUAAUUUGGAAGUAUUAUUCAGAACCUGUCACUGUGCUUCCAAGCAAGUGGCUGGCCCCAUUAGAACGUUUAGUAGCUUUUCCAACAGGCGUGGCAGGUGGUGUUGGCAUUACAUGUUGGUUGGUGGUUUGCAAUAAAGUAGUGGCCAUUAUGCUUCAUCCUUUCAGCUGAGAAAGAAUUGCAAUUUCAGUCCAUUCGCACAAUUAAAAAAAUACUCUUCUGUCUCUUAUGUUUGCAUUCUUAUGACAUACUUUGCACCAACUGCAUUUUGUGCAGUAUCCUGUGAAAGAAGUGACAAGGCAUAGGAUAGAGUAAAAAUAGUUUUAUUGUAACUUUUUUAUAUUUAUAGGUCUUAGGUGUAACAUUCAAUCUUCCAGUCUUUUAUACUUCACUACAUUAUUGCACUUAUUACCGCUUACUUUUGUGGUUUUUAAAUUGUGUUUCUGAUGAGCGUUAGGUGGUUAACAUAUUUGUUACUGACCUCGUAUGUAUUUAUUAAAAGUAAACAACAAAGGGAAAAAGAAAAA